ACUCUCACCAAGGAACUGACCGAAGACAAUCAGUUGCGGUUCCUAGACCUGAUCCUGGUGUUUGGAGCGGAGCACGUCUGUUGGAGGUAUUCCCCUCGUUCGCAAAAGGCGCUCUUGCCGUUCUCGUCCGCUCACUCCAAGCUUGUGAAGCGAGGAAUAGCGCUAGUGGCUAUGAAAAAUGCCACGCAAAGAUCCUGCCAUCACCAGGUUGAGAGAGGCUUCAACGCCCAAGUAGUUAGACUGCUGUCCGCAGGCUUCCCGCAACCUCUGCUGAGUAGCCUGGCAGAAAAGCUCCUUCUUGAGUCGCGUCGCUCCACUAGCAAGCCUCAAGAUACACGCAAGAGAUCUCCUUGGACAGUCAUACCCUACAUCCAUGGCCUGUCCCACAACCUGAAAAGGGUUGGAGCCAAGGCAGGCGUUCAGGUACUUUUCUCUGCACCUAACAAACUGGGUCGUCUGUGCAAAAAAGUAAACUCUACCAACCCCUCUGCCACCUCCAUCAGGCAAUGCCAGAAAAGCCAUGCAAAUCCUUUCGUCGAGUGUGUCGAAGGCGUGGUGUACGACGUUCCGCUAUCGUGCGGUCGGUCGUACGUUGGCCAGACCGGGCGGUGCAUCAACGAUCGUCUGAGAGAACACCGCGCCUCUUUGGGAACGACCACUGGCAGCAACCUAGCCAGGCAUUGUGCAGCGUGUGCCUGCGUCCCAGCAUUUGACAGAUGCGAGAUUAUCAAACACCAUAGAGACUGUCGCACGCGCGAGAUCAUCGAAGCGUUCUGA